AUGGACUCACUGAGCGACACACACGGCCGCUCUUUCGUGGAAGUGAUCGUGGAAAAGUACAGCCCUGAGAACUUCCCCUAUCGCCGAGGCCCUGGGGUUGGUGUAGUCAUAAUCACCACACCUCAAGGCUCUCCCAUGAAAGAUCGUCUUAACUUGCCGAGAGUGCUGGUGUUAGAAGGCUCUGGCAUCAGUCGAGCUGGAGACCAAACAGAAAUUGCAGCUUUCUGUGCACAUGUGAUGGAGCUGGACUUGUCCCACAACAAUUUGCAGGACUGGCAUGAGAUCAGUAAAAUUGUAUCCAAUAUCCCCAACCUGGACUUCCUGAACCUGAGCUCCAACCCUCUGGCCGCAGUCCCUCUGGAGGCUCCGUGCGUCGAGGCCUUCGCUGGCGUCCGGCGCCUGGUCCUCAACAACACCAAAGUGUCCUGGGACACCGUGCUUCAGCUCACACAGGAGCUGCCUGAUCUGGAGGAGUUGUUCCUCAGCCUGAAUGGUUACAGUGGUGUCCAUGCCUCCCGUGAGCCCUGCCUCUCCCUGCGCCUCCUCCACAUCUCGGACAACAGCCUGCAGGACUGGGCUGAGGUCCGCAAGAUCGGCUCCAUGUUCCCCUCUCUGGAAACGCUGGUCAUGGCCAACAACAACCUGGCCUCAAUUCAGGACAACAAAGACAUUCUCCAGCGGCUUUUCCCAAAUCUACGCAGCAUGAAUUUGCACAACUCAGGUCUGAAUCGGUGGGAGGACAUAGAUAAACUGAAUUUCUUCCCAAAGCUAGAAGAGGUUCGACUGCAGGGAAUUCCUUUAUUACAAACCUACACCAACACAGAGCGACGGAGCCUCAUGAUCGCACAGUUGCCUGCCAUUGCGAGGCUGAACGGUAGUGUGGUGACUGACAGCGAGAGAGAGGAUGCAGAGAGGUUUUUCAUCCGUUAUUACGUGGACCGGCCUGAGGAAGAGCCCCCCUGCAGGUACCACUGUCUGGUCACUAAGUAUGGGAAGUUGGAGCCACUGGCUGAGGUGGACCUCCGACCCCGCUGUCGCGCUCAGGUGGAGGUGCACUGCGACGACAAGGUGGAGCAGGUGAACAUUCGUUUGGACCAGAACGUGGCAGAGCUGAAAAAGCGCCUUGCCACUGUGGUGCAGCUCACAGCAAACAGCAUGAGACUUUACUACAUCGACAAGAGCAGCGUCUUUGGACCGGAGGAGAUGAAGUACAACACUCGUGGUCUGCACUCCUACAGCAUCCAGGAUGGAGACGAAAUCCUGGUGGUGCCCAAAAACAACAAUGCCUUGUUGAGAUGA